AUUACGUUUAAUAUGUGAUUUGCAAUUUUUCUGUUCAACAAUUUUGAACAAUUUUCCAAUUUUUUAUAAAAGGAUAACAAAAGUUGAAAUAUAUUUAAAGAAUGGCAGCGCCUACUGUAAAUGUAUCUGCUUAUUUAGCAACACAGAAGAAAACAACAAACAGAGAACUUGCGAAUGAGUGGACUACUAUCGAGGAUUUGUACAAUGAGAAGUUGUGGAACGAAUUGACCAUAUUGCUUACGCGUUUUGUUCGAAAUCCUGCCCUUCAAGAUGAAGAUGCGCUGUUGCAGUUGUACCAGAACUUCAUUGCUACAUUCGAAAUGAAAAUAAAUCCAUACGGGCUGGUGCAAAUACUAGAAGUCGUUGUGGAACAUAUUUCAGAUAAGAAGGAAGCUGUAGAGUUCUUGGAUAAACUGAAGGAUAAAGUGAAUAUAUGCGAUGAGGCGGUGUGGUAUAUUAAGGUGAUGCAAGGUAAUAUUUAUUUAACCAACCUUAAUGAUUUGGAUGCCACGAAAAAAAUCAUUGAAGAGCUGCGUGAAGUCUUGGAAGAGGCUGGCAAUGUGACACCGGUUCAUGGUAAAUUCUAUAUGCUUGCUUCCCAAUACUACCGACGAGUGGGCAAACACAGUGACUAUUACCGUUGUGGUUUACAAUUCCUUGGUUGUUCUAUGGACGAUUAUCCCAAAGACCAAUGGGCUCAACAAGCAUUUUUCUUAGGACUAGCAGCAUUGCUUGGUGAUGGCAUUUAUAACAUCGGUGAAUUAUUGGCUCAUCCUAUCCUGGAAUCCUUAAAGGGCACAGAUAACGAGUGGCUUGUUGAGUUACUUAAAGCUUUCAAUACAGGCAACAUACCGAAAUUCAAUGAGAUGAAAAAGAUUUGGUCUAAAAUUCCUGACUUGGCUGCUCAAGAAGUUAAAUUGCGACAAAAAAUCUCACUUCUUUGUCUAAUGGAAAUGACUUUCCAACGUUCAGCCACUCAACGCUCAAUAUCAUUUGAGGAAAUCGCAAAAGAGACAACACUGCCACAGAAAGAAGUGGAAUUACUGAUAAUGAAAGCACUAGCACAAGACUUGGUUCGCGGAGAAAUAGAUCAAGUUGCAGGUGUUGUGAAUAUGUCAUGGGUGCAACCGCGUGUAUUGGGCCGUAAACAAAUAGCUGGAAUGGCCACGACCUUAGACCAUUGGAUGGCGUCUAUAACAUCAAUGGAGAAAUUGAUGGAAACGCGUGCCGCAGAAAUCUUAACAAAUUAAAUUCUCGAUUUGAAGUGUUUUUUAACAUCAAUUUAGAUUAAAAAUAAAUUAAAAUAAAUAAGAUAAUGUACAUUGGCAGUAUAGCUGUGGAGUACCUUAUACAAA